GAGCUCUUGGGGCUGAGAUUCUGUGGCUGGGAAAGAGUAGCGUGAGGUUACCAUGGGACAAUGUUUGAGGUACCAGAUGAGCUGGGAGGACCUGGAAGAGUACCAGGCACUGACCUUCCUGACCAGAAAGGAAAUUCUCUGCAUUCACGAAACCUUUCUGAAGCUCUGCCCCCUGGUGAAGUACUACAAGGAGGCCACGCUGACCAUUGACCAGGUCAGCUCCCUGCCAGCCCUGAGGGCCAACCCUUUCCGAGACCGGAUCUGCCGAGUAUUCUCCCACGACAAUGUGUUCUCCUUUGAGGACAUGCUGGGCAUGGCCUCUGUGUUUAGUGAGCAUGCCUGUCCCAGCCUGAAGAUCGAGUACGCCUUCCGUAUCUAUGAUUUUAAUGAGAAUGGCUUCAUCGAUGAGGAGGACCUGCAGAACAUUAUCCUCCGACUGCUGAACAGUGACGAUGUGUCCGAGGAACUGCUGGUGGACCUCACAAACCACGUCCUGAGAGAAUCUGACCUGGACAAUGACAACAUGCUGUCUUUCUCAGAGUUUGAACACGCAAUGGCCAAGUCUCCAGACUUCAUGAGCUCCUUUCGGAUUCAUUCCUGGGAAUUAUGA